AUGGCAUCAUUAGACCAGAUUGUUUUGACAGUUGAUAAGUCUUUUGCAGAAUUAACACAAGAUAUUAGCAGAUUAAUAAAAGUUCUCACAAUUUGUAUUCCAUUUAUAAUUAUUUUUCUUGGUUUAUUAUUUUUAACUUUGGUCGCAGUUCUUUUUAUAUCAUUCUAUUUACAAUGUAUGAAUUAUAAGAAUAGGACUAUAGAAUAUAAUUCUGAACUUGGAUUAAAUGAUCCUUUAUUUAAAAAAUAG